UAGUGGUUGGACGACAGGGUACCCGCUCAGGCCCGUCAGUGGAGCAGGGAAGUGAAACUCGCUCUCAAGGCCGCAGAGGCCAAGUCGCACCGUGCCCGGAACUGUCGUAAAAGGGGCCGCACUGCUCUAGGAACUGUCGUAAAAGGGGGCCGAUGCGCAGCGCUCUGGACUGACGUAUGGGAGUGCGCGUCGCCUCAGCCGGCGUCUGGAGGUGGGGGGCGCGGGCGCCAUGGAGCGCUACGCAGGUGCUUUCGAGGAGGCGGUGGACGGGGCUCGGCAGCAGGAGCGGCACUACCAGCUGCUGUCAGCGCUGCAGAGCCUGGUCAAAGAGCUGCCCAGCUCCUUCCAGCAACGCCUGUCUUACACCACGCUCAGCGACCUGGCCCUGGCACUCCUCGACGGCACCGUGUUCGAGAUCGUGCAAGGACUACUGGAGAUCCAGCACCUCACCGAGAAGAGCCUGUACAACCAGCGUCUCCGUCUGCAGAACGAUCACCGAGUGCUCAGGCAGGCGCUGCGGCAGAAGCACCAGGAAGCCCAGCAGGCCUGCCGGCCCCACAACUUGCCCAUGCUGCAGGCUGCUCAGCAGCGGGAGCUGGAGGCAGUAGAGCACCGGAUCCAUGAUGAGCAGCGGGCAAUGGACCAGAAGAUUGUUCUAGAACUGGACAGGAAAGUGGCCGACCAGCAGAGCACACUGGAGAAGGCAGGGGUCACUGGCUUCUAUGUGACUACCAACCCCCAGGAGCUGACACUGCAGAUGAACCUGUUGGAACUCAUCCGAAAGCUGCAGCAGAGGGGCUGCCAGGCGGGGAAGGCAACCCUGUGACCAGGUGGGGUUCCCUGUUGGUCACCCACUGCUCAUCGUGGCUGGGAAGACAGCACUGUCCCACUGUGGCCAUAAGCAGCCAAAAGUUAAAAGAAGCUUGUCUUCCUGACUUCUGACCAUGACCACCAUAUUCCCAGCUCCCUGUAGGAGAGGUCACCAGACUGAGGAGAGACCAGGUGUACCCUGGCUGUGCCUGCUGCCCAUCUUAGUCUGGGUUUGUCCAAAUUCUAGGAUGGCAUGACAGAGGGGAGAGUGGGCCCAGCCUCUGGCUGGCUGCCCCCAGACUGCAGGCUAAAGGGUCUAUAGCACCUUCUCCCUCCGUUGGGCACAUCUAGCCCCUGCCAAGCCUGAGACUUUAUGCAUGUGUUCACAGCUCCUCCCUUGGCAUAUACAGUCCCCAAGUGGGAGAAGCUCCAAGGCCCAAGCCCUGUGUGACCCAGAGAAAUAAAGAUGCCUCAGUAUGGCCUGCAUGUGGCUUGUGUGACAAUUCUGUGUCUGUCAAGGGCCCAGCUAGGGCAUCACUUGAUAGCUCCCUGGUCUGUGGACAAAUCAGCAGUGGAUGCACAGCCGAGCCCCAGGACCAUGUCCAGUGUGCUUUCUGUGAGAGAGCACAGAUGUGUAUGUGGCCAUGGGAGUGGGGCAGCUCCUCUCACAACAGUAGGAGCCUGAGGUAGGUCACCGGGGUGAAAGGUACAGCAGAAGUGUUUGAAGGAAGAAGAGACCCAAGGUGCUUGCCCCUAAGAGCAUCCUGUGUAGUGGUCCAAGUUCAUAGGCCCCUGUGUUUAUCCCAGCUUACAGAGUUGGGUGUUGAGGUGUCCAGCACCCUACAUGGUCAGGUCUGGAAUGCAAGGAAGUAGUGGCAGAACUGCACACACCUUCCCCACACCCCCACUUAAGAGACUGCUCUGGACAUCCCAGUCACUCCUCACAUGGGAAAGAGCUUUGCAAGCAUGGACUGGAGGGCUUUUAGCUGCAAAAAGUGAUUUAUUGACCAGCCUGCUUCCCCAGUCUGGCCACUGUCCACAUUGGUGCUUGGGAUACAUUAGUCAGACCCUGGUGGAAGGCAGUGCUUCGGGUCCAAGGACACAGGGUAUGGAGUUGGACACAGGGUAUGUACAGUUUCCAGCAGCUCUGCUCUGGCAAGUUUAAGCCCUUAACUGAUUACCCACAUCCCGAAAAGAGUUAGGGAGGUGGGGCGGAGCAUGUCUCACAGUCUUGGAUAUAAAAAGUGAAUCUGUGAGGUUGAGGUGAACUGUAGUUGUGGCUUUAGCCUAGGGGCUUCCUACAACCCCCACUUUCAGGCCCUUGUCCUGACCUGAGACCCCUGAAAAGCUGCAGCCUGGGCAGAGGGGCAUCUGCAGGUCGAGCCUGGUGGUAGGUAGUGUCAGUAGCCUGAGGGCACUAGACUGGGCGGUAGAAGAAACUGCCUGUGCAGAGCCUCCGCUUGAGCUCUUGCCACAGUAGCUGGCGCUCCUGCCAGGCCCCCUUCAUGACUCCACUGUUCUCCAGGGCACGGCGAGACAGAUAGGGCAGCACCUCCAUCACUGGGCCAUAGGGCACGUACUUGUAUACAGGGAAGCCGGCUUGGCCUGCGCGUGCAGGCAGAGGAAGUGAGUCCCAGCCCUCUGGCCCCACAUUCCCCCUCCCAGCCUACCACCACCUCCACCCCACCCUUGCCCCCUCCAGGCAGACCCUGCUCACCCAGUGGAAAGCUGAUCUGAUCACACAUGCCCAGCAGCUGUCCAAAGUACACCUUUCGGUCAGCAGGGUGCAGGCCUAGCUCCUCCAUCCUGUGAGUAGGUAAGGCACUGGGUUCCCUCUGCUGGCUCUGAGCCACUCCUGCCACUUCAAACUUCUAUCUACCCACUGCAGCCUCUGUCUGCCUAAUAGGGGAGGAUAGCCUCUGCCCUGCUGCUUCCACCUCGCCCCAUGGUAGCCAGCUUUCCAUUUCUGCUGUGUUUGCUCAGUCCUCUAGGGUUCCUUUUCUUCCUGCUUUCCCUCCAGGGACUAGCGGUGCCCUUCGACCAUGGCUCCAUUCAUGAUGCCCUAACCCAGAAGGCAGACCCACCCAGCACCAACCCUGGGCAAGUUCUCAACCCUCCCACCACACCUUCAAGCCCAACCCCCAGCUCCGAGAGCCCCAACCGAUAGGAGGCUUGUUCCACAGGCCCUUCCCCUGCUUCCCUCGGUACUGGGAUUCAGUGUCACCCUGGUUUUCAGGGGUUUUUGUGUGUUGUUUUUUGUUUUUUUUUUAAAGAUUUAUUUACGGGGCCUCCCCUGGUGGCGCAGCAGUUGAGCGCUGGGCUGCGAGGCUGCCUACAGCCUCUGCAGCACCCGUUCAUUCCCCGGGCCUCCGGCGAGGGUCCCACAAAAAAAAAAAAAAAAAAAAAAGAUUUAUUUAUACAAGAGCUGGGGUACAGGCCAGAUGCACAGGAGGGUGAGAGAAUUCACCAGAGACAGAUAGGGGAACAGAACAGGCAGACUGACGAAAUACACUGCUGAGGGGAGCAGCGGGUGAGACAGGAGAGGUCUGCCAUGUGGGUUGCUCCGAGGCCGGCAGGGAUCGAACCGGCACUGCAGAGGCUGCAGACAGCUUCACAGUGCUGCACUCAACUGCCUGCGCCACCAGGGAGGCCCUGGUUUUCAGUUUUUGCAUCUUUGUCCCUCAUGAGAACAUGAGCCCCAUGAGUGCUGGGUUUCCACCAUGCCUGAGCAGCAGUGCAGGGGAUGCUCUCGUGGGUGCAGAUUCUUUCUACCUGGCACCUGGGCUGGGCCUCACUGACCAAUGGGAACACAACUGGUGUGGACAAAGGCCUUCCCUCAGGGCUUCUGGAAGCCUGAGACCACCACAUGACAAAGCCUGAGCUGACCCGUUAGAUACUAGACUUAUGGCGAAGUCCCUUUUGCUGCCCCAGCCAUGAAUGAGAAAUUUCAGGCCCACCAGCUGACCACAGAUGCAGGCGGACCCAAGAAAGGCCAUCAGAAGCAGGGACAAGCCUUGUCAGUGACUCAGUGACAGCAGAAUUCAGGGAGCCUGGCAUAGACCCUGGAGGCAGUGAGGAAGGAGAGAUUCAGCUGGCACCCAAGAAAGGAGGGGCCUCUGCCCAACUAGAUGGUGAGGGCAGACAUUCUCAGUGGGGAGAUUAUGAAAUCAGGAGAGAAAGGAAGCUCUUCUGAUGGCAGAUGAGACCUUUGGAAAUUUGUUCUCUGUAAUGUGUGUCUUAAGUCAACUACCCUUUGAUUGCAGCUUAAAAUGUGAGUGGUGAACAAAAGGCUAAUGAGUUCAUAAUUGCUUACUGAAAGCUAAGAAGGCGGCCAUCUUCCACACAGCUGCCACCGCCCACCCCACCCCUCAUUAGAGCUUCAAGAAAUGGAUAUAGGAGGCUCUGUGUGUACGACUUCUAAUGGACAACCCUGGUGCAAUAAGGAACAAACCUAGAUGAAGGUUCUAACUCAGAAUAAAAUUUCUAAACCUAAGGAAAAGAGGUGUUAAGAACUUGAUGUUAAAAAUUUGGUGUUAAAAGUUACAAUUCUAGGGCCUCCCCGGUGGCGCAGCGGUGGAGCGCUGGGUUGCAAAGCUGCCCACAGCCUCUUGCAGCGCCGGUUCGAUCCCCGACUGCUCCCCGGCCACCGGAGGAGGGUCCCGCGUGGCGCGCAGACCUCUCCUGCCGCCCACCGCUCCCCUCAGCAGUGUACUUCAGUCCUUCUGCCUGCUCUGCUCCCCGCUCUGGCUCUGGUGAAUUCUCUCGCCAUCCCGCGCUUCUGACUGUACCCAG